AUGGACGACAAUGCGAUGUCUUUGCCGCGAAAGCUCUCCGCCCAGAAGCAGGCAGAUCCCGACAUGCUAGACGAGACCUCCGCGGGCGAGGCCCUGGAUAUAGUGCUCGACCCGACAAAGGAGCGGAAACUACUGCUCAAACUGGACCUGGCCUUUGUCCCCAUCAUUAUGUUCACCUAUCUGUCCUGCUUUUUGGAUCGGUCGAACAUUGGAAAUGUCGAAGUCGCCCACAUGCCUCAGGACAUCAACGCCUCCGACGGCGAGUUUUCUACUGCAGUGUCUAUCUUCUACGCCACCUAUGUCUUAUUCGAAGCCCCCUGGGCAGUGUUGAUGAAGAAGCUGACGCCGCGGAACAUCCUAACCGGGCUCUGUCUCGUCUGGUCACUCACGACUGUUUUCACGGGGUUUAUUCAGUCCGUGGGCUCGCUCUAUGCGACCAGACUCAUUCUGGGCGCCUGCGAGGCCGGGCUGUUCCCCUGUUUGAACCUGUAUUUAACUAUGAUUUAUCGCCGCGAAGAGCAAGCGAAACGCGUUUCAUAUCUCAUGAGUUGCGCGGCCAUCUCGGGUGCCGUAGGUGGCCUCCUGGCAUAUGGACUUCUGCAGAUGGAUGGUAUUGGGGGCAAGGCGGGAUGGAGAUGGGUGUACAUGAUUGAAGGCGUUUUCAGCGCUGUUUGUGCCGUCUUCAUCUGGUUUGGCCUGCCCAACAACCCGGCUGAGGCGUAUUUCCUCACCGACGAGGAGAAAUGGAUGAUGCGCGUGCGAAAUGAGCAGCGGCGCCAGUACAUGGGCAGCGAUGAAUUCAACUGGGAGGAGAUGCGCACCGCCCUGACCGAUCCGAAGCUAUACUUCAGUGGUCUCAUCCAGUUCUGCCAAGAUAUACUGCUGUACGGGUUUAGCACCUUCCUGCCAACCAUUUUGCAGGGCAUGGGCUAUGACUCGCUGAUGAGCAACGUGCUGACCGUCCCUGUCUAUAUCUGGGCGGCCAUUGUGUUUGUGGCGGUGGCCUUUUGCUCCGACCGUUAUUCCAAGUUUGCAUCAUUCAUCUUUGCCAGUAAUGUCUUUGGCAUCAUUGGCUAUAUUUUGUUGCUUACAGUCGACAACACCGCCGUCAAGUAUUUCGCAACAUUCCUCUGCGGUAUCGCUACCUACACCGGGGUGGGUCUGAACGUUGCCUGGUGCAAUGUGAACGUAGCCCCUCACUACCGACGGGCUUUGGAGAUUGGACUGCAGCAGACGAUGGGUAACUGCGCCGGCAUCGUCGUUGGCCAGGUUUAUCGCACCUCGCCAUAUGUGUUGGGCAAUUCCUUCUCACUGGGCUCGCUGGUCGUUGCUCAACUCGCCGUGACUGGCUAUGGGCUGUAUCUGCGGCACGAGAACAAAGUCAAGCAGCAAAUUGCCAGCGGCGAAAAAGAAGAUACCCGGAGAAUGCAAACUGGUGACAGUGCCAUUGACUUUAAAUAUCAUUAUUGA